CCUCGGCCUCCCAAAGUGCUGGGAUUACAGGCGUGAGCCACCGCACCCGGCCGUGAGUUUAUUUUUGCUAAUUUAACCUUAAAGCACUGUAAUGGUUCUCAUCUCUAGGUUGAACGUUGCAUUACCUGGGAGAGUUGGCUGCUUUUCAACCUUAGCUGCAUAAGGAUAAAGGACGUCGUCAGGCCUGGGAUCGUGUGUGUCGGAGAUUUUUCAGCCCACGAAGGCGAGCUGCGCCUCGUGUUCAGCCCACAAAGGUGAGCUGCGCCUCGGAGGCUGCUCUUGUUCCAACGGAGAUUUGUUCAGCCCACGAAGGCGAGCUGCGCCUCGGAGGCUGCUCUUGUUCCAACGGAGAUUUUUCAGCCCACGAAGGCGAGCUGCGCCUCGGAGGUCGCUCUUGUGCCAACGGAGAUUUGUUCAGCCCACGAAGGCGAGCUGCGCCUCGGAGGCUGCUCUUGUUCCAACGGAGAUUUGUUCAGCCCACGAAGGCGAGCUGCGCCUCGUGUUCAGCCCACGAAGGCGAGCUGCGCCUCGGAGGCUGCUCUUGUUCCAACGGAGAUUUGUUCAGCCCACGAAGGCGAGCUGCGCCUCGGAGGUUGCUCUUGUUCCAACGGAGAUUUGUUCAGCCCACGAAGGCGAGCUGCGCCUCGUGUUCAGCCCACGAAGGCGAGCUGCGCCUCGGAGGCUGCUCUUGUUCCGAGGUGUCUUCACCACGGCCUGUCAGGCUGCAAACCAGAGCGCCUGCCCCAGACGGCAGCAGAAGUGACAGCAGCCAAGGAUGGGGACCCGCCAGCUCCCGGUGUCUUUACGCAGAGUCACAGCCCCAGCGAGACCCCUCAGCCCAGGAGGAGUGAGGCCGGGCCAGCAGCGGGGGCCCGGGAAGCCCCACGUCUUGGGACCUGCUGGGGCAGGGCCCCCUGGAUGUCAGGCUGCAGGUCCAGCAGCUGGGGCGGGCAUGAGGGCCUCCUGCCAGCUCUGCCCAUCAGCCAGCUCCCUGGGAGAGGCAGCACUUGCCGGCCACAGAGUUGGCCCCAGUCUCACCUGGCUCCCCUCCCCCACCAGCUGGGCCCUGCACCGCCCAGCCCACACAGCGCCCCGCCCCUCCUUGACAGAACAGUAUCUCUGGGACUGACAAGUUAAUCCAAGACCCACAUUAGCCCUGGAUCCCCUGGGAGAGGUGGCUACUCAGUUCCAGGGCCAGGUUAAUUGAAGUGAUAGGGAGUGGGGAGGAGGGGGCAGGGCUGGGAUUGCGUGGCCUCCUUCCCUCUCCUGCUCCCUCCCUCAGCUUGGAGGAGCCAACUUCAAAAGCCUCCGCCUGGCCUGCCCCUCUGCAGUCCUCCAGGCAGCCUGUCCAGGGAAGCCGUUGGCUGGUGGUGGACCUGGUGCGGUGGUGCACACCCCGUCCGAGGACCCCAGGAUCAUGUGUGUGGCCUGCUGGCGGGAGUGAGGGAGGGCAAGACGCUGAAAGGCCCAUGGUAUCCCCCAAGCCUGCACUCUGGGCGCUCCUGUUGGCGCUGCUGGGGACCGCGCCAAGCCGCGCCCAUUCCCCGGCCUGCAGCGUCCCCGACGUGCUUCGCCACUAUCGCGCCAUCAUCUUCGAGGAUCUGCAGGCUGCCGUGAAGUGGGGCGGGGCGGGGGCCGAAGAGACCAGGCCAGGCUCCAGACACUUUCAUUUCAUACAGAAAAACCUGACUAGACCCGGGAGCUGGGGACGGCGGGGACGGCCUCGGGCCUCCUGUGGCGCCCAGAAGGAGCACAGUAUCCUCCUGUCCAUCUCAUCCCUGGGUCGGACCCUGCGCGGGGCGGUGGCCGGGAGCCGCCGCGGUGCCCUGGAGAGAGCUGCGUGGACCGUGGCUGUGCGCACCGAGGCGGUGAUGCGGCGCCACUGCAGGACGCUGCCCCAGCGGAGCCGGCGGCCCGAGGUGCGCCCUGCCCGGCGUCGCGGCGGCCGAAGGCAGCUCCUGCUGCGCGCCCUGGACGCCGUCGCCACCUGCUGGGAGAAGCUCUUCGCGCUGCACGUCCCGGCCUCCAGGGGCUCCUAGCGCGGCCCGGCCUGGCUCUGCCUCCGGUGCCCUGCGCGGGGAGGAGAACCAGCGGGGCCGCGGCAGAGCCUGGAGACGCGCCUCGUUUUGUCGACUUGUCGGUGACCUCGGCCCCCCGCUCGACGCAGCCCGCGCUCCCCGCAGGGCCCAGGACUUGGAGAAGGGAGCGCGCCCGGCCGCCGCUGGGUCUCGGAGGAGGCCCGCCCUCCACGCGCCGAAGGCCUCAAUAAACGGAGCUGGCGCUGCGGGUCCGGCACUCCCUUCGCCUGCCUCUCUGUGGGCCUGGGACCGCCCCGGGAUCUGCGCUUCGAUGGCGGGGGGGCGGUGGAGGGGGAAUGCGGGGACCGGCACCUCCUGUGGCACCUGGACGGGGCGGAGCCGCCGCUCCCAGCCUCGGGCAGCAGAGGGCGGGCGCGGGACGCUGGGCGCGCUCCGGCUCGGUCAGCUGCUCCCGGCUGGGCGGAGGGGAGAGCGGGGGACUCCUGGGGCCCCUAAAACGUCACGUAUCCAUCCUGCUCCACUUUGGACCGGGGCCGGGGGUGGAAAUUGAGGGGAGGGGAAGGCUGGACUUGGUGGAUUCGGAGCAAAACAACCGGAUAAAGGAAACGGGCCCGAAGGGAAGCGGGAGCUGCGGGCCCUGGCUGUGAGCUUGGCCAGGCUAUUUCCUGCUGCCUCAGGAGGGGUGGCCACGGCCUGGGCUCAGAGACUGCCCAGCCUCCUCUGCAGGACUGGCCAGGCUGGGGCCUGCUUUCUGGCCCCUGGCACCCUGCAUUUGCUGGGGGACUGACCCCUGGUUCCCUCAUCUGAUGCACGGGUCUGGGAGUCUGUCACCCGCUCCCUGAUCUCGGCCCAUGGAGGAGCACAGGAGGUAAAGUCCCUGACACCUGUUCCCUCCCCUUCCCUGAGAGGCAGCGGGCAGGCUGUGCCUCUGGCAUUCUUUGGGAUCAGGGGCAGCAGCAGAAGAAAGAAGUAACCUCCCAAGCUAACCCUGGCCCAACUCCACACUCCGUGUUAAUGUAUUUCGUCUGCACAGCAAGAGCUACUGUCUGUUUUAUAGAUGGGGAAACUGAAGCACGAGGAGGCUGUGAGACUUGCCCCAAAUCACAGCCAGCAGUGUAAGAGCUGGCCUCAGACCCAGGCCCAGGGCAUGGGCUCUGCCAUACGUCCCCUGCCUGGAGGCUGGGGACCAAGCUUCCUGGACUUCAGAGCCUUGGACUCACCUGCAGAGUUAGCACUUCUGACAGAGUCCCUGGCCAUGCUCUGAGCACAAGCACCCAGCAAGCGUUCCCAGGCCUAGUUCUGCAUUGCCUGCUCCAUGGGGGCCAGCGUGGGCAAGUGUGGGAGGGAUGAAGGGGAGAGGCAGGGUGCAGGAGCCCCAGCUGGAGCCAAAGCACUUGAGGGAGGCACUCGGACUUAUCCCUAGGCAGCGGAAGGUCUCUGGUGAAAGAGGGAUGUUAGAAUUGGGAAUCUAGAAAGAUCCCCGCGGCUUGCGUGGAGGGCUGGUGAGGAUGAAAGGGUAAAGAGAGGUACAGGCUGCCCAGGGUCCUGGCUGGAGUACCUGGGUGGGUCUUUGGGGAACCUGAACAUGGGAAGCACUAAAGGGGGAGUGGGUCUGUUUGAGGUCCCUGAGGGAGCUGGGGAACUGUGGGCGACUUAUGCUGGGGUGUGGAGCAUAAGGUACGGACAGCAGAGCGUGGCUGGGAGGCAGCUGAUUUGGGGCCCGGAGAAAGAAAAGAAUCCAGGGUUCUGGGCUGGGCUCAGGGACAGGAUGGGGACAGGCCCUCCAUGAAGGCUCCCACUGUCACACUGCCCCAGGGGCAGCUGACUUCUUGCGCUUAGACCUGCCCCAACCCCUGGGCCAUGGGGAGGGCACUCCUCUCCUGUCCAUGCAUGACCUCCUGGGCUGCUCCAUGGCUCCUGCCCACCCACAGUGCUCCCGUUCCGCUGUUCAGAGCAAUCAGAGGCUGGGGAUGUGGGUGGGCAACAGAAACAGCUCCCUCUACCCAGACUGAGAAAGGUUCAAACAAACCACAGCCUCAGCCUCUUGGGGGCAGGAGGAGGAACAGAGGCCUCAGGGUUUUGGGGACACAUGUCCGUGCCUAGUCCUGGGCCACAACCACACGGAUGGGUGAGAAGCCCUGUGUCCUGGCCCAUGGCUCCUCCCCUCACGCAGAAUGGGAGCAAGGUGGGCUUUGGGCUUCUGGGACAAAGUUCACUUGUCCAGGAUGGCGACAGCCCAACCAGACUAGGUGUAGGGGCAUGUGUGGAGCUACAGGAAGAGGCCCAGAGCUACCGAGAGCCACUGAGACUAGGAGAGAAGCCGCGGUGCCUGCUCAGACCUGAGAGGCUCAGGUCCUCUUUGGGUUCAGUGCUGGGACCGUAGCCCCUCUGUAGCUCCAUGAGGAUAGAGGCAUGUCUCCCUCAGCAUGGUACACCAGCACCUGGCCCAGGCUAGCACAUGAGCUGCUCAAUAAAUGUUUGUUGCCUGGAACUGACCAGAAUCAACCCAGAGAUGGAAAGAGACUCACUGGCCCCACGGCCGAUAGGGACAGAGCCAUUGGCCAUGGAACCACUGAGGGCAGAUCCCAUGGACUGGCCCUGUAUGUCCAUAGACCGAAUGGUGGUGCCUUCCCUGCAGAGGCCCAGGGCAGGUGGCCUGAGCCUGGUUCUUUGUAAAAUACUGUUUCUGGGUUGGAGCUGCACACGGUACUGUCCUGUCCCACCCUCAUGCCUUCUCAGGGCUUGGCUGCUCCAGGGAGGUGGGGGCUGUGCCAGGGUAACAGAUGGGGCCUGCAGGGCACUGGCUGGGGUUGUGCAACUUCCCACAGCUCAGGAGUCAGACCCCUCCAUGUGCAGCGCUGGGAAGAGGGGGCCAGGCAGGCUUUGAAGGGGGCCUGGGUCCCGAGGCCUCCCCAGACUGGGCGCCUUUGAAAGAACAUCUGGAACUCGGGCAACUGGCUAGUCUCUGGAUUUGCAAAACCAAAAGUUAAUCCUGACUUUUCCUCUUGUGUGUUCCCCACCCCUGCCCCCAAGCUCCUCUCUCUCCCCACCCCACCUCCACCUCUUCAGCGGUGGGGGAUGCAGCCUCUCAUGAUCUCCCAAAGCACCUUCCCCCACCACCACCGCUGGCCCCCACCCCAGCCUGGGAGUUCUGCUGAAGCUGACCCGAGGGAGGUGGUGGGACAGAUGGAUGUUGUCUCAGUACCUGCCAUACCCAGGCCCUGUGAGCGGACAGGACAGAACACCACGCGGCGGCUGGAGACGGCUGGGGAGGAGUGUGAGUGGUCCUCAGAGGAAACAGCUGCGCCCAGACCUGGGAGGUGCCCGGCCUUGUGUGGGCUCUGAGCCCUGCAGGUGUGCAGGGAGGCCCCCCUGCUCCAGCUGUGGCUGACUCGGAAACAAGUUCCCCCCAGCUCCGGGAAACACACACUCACUGGUGGGGGGAAGCCAGGUGCUGGGGCCCAUUGUCUCUGCCAGUGCCUUCAGGACCCUAGGGGAGGCCCAGCGACAGCCCCCAUCCUGCCCCCUCCCCAGGAAAAGACCCAGCUUUGUAAACACAGAAACAACCAUCGCUGCUCCCCGCUCUUCCCCCUCCCCAUUACAAUCCGGAAGAGCCAGCGGGAGGUCGCA